AUGGGAGCUGCUGCGUCUGUGGACGAUCCGGACGCAUCGACGAUCUUUAGAGAGACAAAGGAUGAAUACGAACGUCGCUUGGCUGCAGGCGACUCGGAGGAGGAGAUUUUCUCGAGCCUCCGUCACAUCGUUGCUCAGCGUUUAGCGUCCGGGACACAGCUUGACCCAAAGCCUCCGCUUGAAGAUUCCCAACCGGUCAGUUCGGAGACCGAAGUCCAACCUAUGAACGACUCGGAAGCGCCAGACGCUAGUACGCGUUCAACUUCACUUCUAGAUGCAGCUACUUUAGCCUCUGUGACGACAUCACCGGACUUCAAUGACUUGAUCAUCGAGCCCAAUAUCGCUCUGUCUCCGAAGGCCCCACUUGACGAGGAAGUCGCUCAUCAUGCCGACGAGAGAACAGCGAGCGGUAUUCUCCCUGUGUCCGGUGAAAAAGGGUUCGGCCGAGCAGUGGGCACUUCUCGAGCUGCACUUGAUCUGGUCCAGAACCUUGCCCCCGUAUUCACUACCGACGUGUUGACCGACCCCGCGACGCUCAAGAUGAUCCUCAAGUACGCAGAAGUGAACAAGGUCCCGAACGGUGUCGACAUGCUGCGGUUCUGGGUCGAAAUUGACGAGCUGCAGCACUUGCCAUCACAUUCCUACACACACCGUCGUCUACGGAAAAUUUACGACAAAUUCUUGUCCCCGGAUGCGCCUUCGCCGGUGUGCGUCACUGCUCACAUGAUGCAAGAGAUCGAGAAAGCUCUGGAAGGAGACAACAUCUCCGCUGGUAUCUACUCCGGAGCGCAGCAGAUUUGUUACAUCGCGUUGGAGAAGUCGGUUUACCCUCGCUUUCGGGAUAGUAAACUGUUCAAGAAGAUGCAGGACUUCUGUGCUCCGAUUAUUCCAAACGGAGCUCCUAGCGGCGAAGCAGGUUCAGGUAAUGGCGGGUCCAACACAGCUGACGGGUCUGAAGAAGCUGAAGAUUAUUCGCUAAUGGGGAUUUUAGCCCAUCCAGCCAAGUUACGCUUCCUCAAGACGUUCUGCAUGGAGGCCUUAGCGCUGGAAAAUCUGCUGUUCUACCUGGAGGUCGAGGACUGCAAGCGGCUGCCGAACUUAUCGUUCGUAGUGAACAAGACACGGAGGAUCUACGACCGAUACUGCACCCCGUCGUCGAAGAACUACAUCACUGGGCUAGAGGAGAAUGGCGCACUUCGAGAAAUCCAAGAAGUCGUGGACACGAAAGGAGCUUUGGUGCCCAAGCUGUUCUACGAGGCUCAGAUCACCGUGUUCCACCGCAUAAGCGAAGAUAUGUGGCCGGGUUUCUGUCGCUCGCAGGAGUAUCUCGACCACUCGAAAGUCGUUAAACCCGACACCAAGCAGCUAAUACGUCGCGGCAAUCGGUUCGAAGAGAGCGAGGCAGUGCAUCAGAAACUAGACGCGCUGGCCGAGUUCCAGCUCAUCGACACCGCCAUGCACUACCCCGUGGAGAAGCUGAUCCCCAUCUCCUUCCCUGAGUCUAUCAAAGGAAUGUCGCGACGCAAGUCCAUUCAAAAGAUGGAGGAGGAGCAGACGCUCAGCCCUCAGCAAGUUCUCACUUUGUUGCUGGGCGACCCAUUUGCCAAGAAAUACUUCAAGUUGUUCAUGACUCGACGAGGUGUCGACUCUUUACUUGCGUUCUGCGAGGAAGUGGAGGACUUUAAGCUGCUACCGGGCAUCGAGUUCCUCCAACACUCGGCCAAGAAGAUUUAUCGCAAGUAUAUGAUGCCCAGCGCCCGACUUCAAGUCGAUAUGAGCACAACGAUGCGAGACGAAAUCUACGUGCGGCUCUCGAAUCCGAGCGUGGAUAUGUUCAAGAAGAUCGCCAACAGGGUUCGACAUGGCAUGCUGCAGGACUCACUGCCGCGCUUCGUCAAGUCGAAUUACUAUAAGGAACUGCGACGAGACAGCAAGGCAACACCCGCAGAUGCACACCUUGCGACUGUGGACCAGGCCGCGAAAGCCGGAAAGCUGGAACUUUGCCACUUGGACGUCUUCUUGACGUAUCCAGGCUGCAUGCAGGCCUUCCGCAAGUUCUUGGAUUUCCAGCAUUGCUCGGAAAAUCUCAUGCUUUGGGAGGAGAUCGAGCACUAUCGACGACUUCCGAGCUACCAGAUCGUGCUUCGGUCGGCCAAGAAAAUCUACGUCAAGUAUCUGAAUCCGAACAACCCGCGAUCGCCCAUUCCGCUGGCCCCGGGACUUCGUAAGCGCGUAGAAGCUUCGUUGGACGUGGCUUGCCGUACAACCUUCGAUGAAGUUGAGAACGAGUGCUACGACCACAUGCGCAACGUGGUGGUGCCCGACUUCCUGGACUCGCGGAUUUUCAUGGCCCUUGUGGGGACGUGGGCCACCGUUCACGAAGAUUAUCCGGCCGAAAUGCUGCGCGGGGAGCUGGAGAUGGCCUUCCUUCGUCACCGCUUCCACCUCGUACAAGAAGCUCGAGGGAUGUCACGCGAUUCCCCAGCUCCGCUGCUGGAUAAAGGUCGGAAUGGGGCCACACCUCCGCUAGGAGCUAGUACCGGUAAUGGUUGA